AGGCAGGAGCAGUAUGAGGCCAGAUUACAGCCAAGCACAUACUGAGGCAGGGAAGACGGGAGCGUGCGGGCAGAAAGAAAGGGACACGAGCUCCUGUGACAUACUCUCUCCUUCUGUGCCAACUGCAAAGACAGAAAGAGGAUUACUCACAGGUCGUGGUCAGAGACCAGAGGGAGAGAGGAGAGAAAGACUGUGUUUCCAAGAGCAAGCGUUCCAGAGGACGGUGCUGUCACACAUGAGGAGGACAAGGAGGAGGGGGUGGUGUGUGUGAGGGUGUGGGAUCACAACACACCAGCAAAGCAAGCCAUACUACACUAAGGUGUGUGUGUGUGUGUGUGUGUGUGUGUGUGUGUGUGUGUGUGUGUGUGUGUGUGUGUUUGUGUGUGUGUGUGUGUGUGUGUGUGUGUGUGUGUGUGUGAAGUAAACCCUCACAAUCGAACACCCAACAGCAUCUGCAAAGAACCAAUUUGACGUUCGUUCAACGAGCCAUGCUGAGGACCAGGAGCCAGCCGAAGUCCUGCUGAAUACCAUGGCCCAGGCUAAGGGGCGGAGAGAUGGCAUGGUGUCGUCCAAUGGGAACAGGCGCCGGCCGCUUUCUUCGGGUGAGGUGGAGGGCGUGUCGUGGCAGGGCCCACGGACCAUUUUCCUCCAGAAGAACUCGCAGGGAUUUGGCUUCACUCUGCGCCACUUCAUCGUCUACCCACCAGAGUCCUCCCUCCACAGCAUCAAGGAUGAAGAGAAUGGAAACGCCACUGGAUCAGCAGGUUGUCGGUGGUCUCGUUUGGAGCCAAUGGACACCAUCUUUGUGAAGAGUGUGAAAGAAAAUGGCCCUGCCCAUCAAGCGGGGCUGUGUACAGGGGACAGGCUGGUGAAGGUAAAUGGGGAAAGCAUUCUUGGGAGAACCUACUCUCAGGUGAUCGCACUCAUCCAGAACAGUGAAAACAUUCUGGAGCUCUCUAUAAUGCCAAAAGAUGAGGAUGUGUUGCAGUUGGUAAGUGCGUACUCCCAGGAUGCUUACCUGAAGGGAAAUGAGCCAUAUUCAGGCGAAGCCCAGAACCUCCCUGAGCCUCCGCCUCCCUGUUACGCGUCCCCUAAACCCAGUUCCGCAGCCUCGGAGCCCAGCCACCACCUCCCCGGUCUCCCGGACAACUGGCAGUGCCGAUCUGGCCCCACCACCUCGCCACUGGAUAACCACCCCCCUUCUGCUUCUACCCCCACCUCCGGCUGGCCCGGGGGUCCUAAGGAUUCAAGUGGCCACUUUUCCCUGCCUGGGCGGCACCGUGGCAUCAGCGCGCUGGACUUUCACUUUGCUAACCACAAUGCUGCCAUUGCCUCUGCGACACUGCCUCCACCGAGGAAGAGCAGCCUACCCGCCUCUGCUCGGGCCCAUGCUGACGCCCUCUGCCACCAGGCCCUGUCGGAGUGGUACUACAGCCAGGCUGAGGCCGCAGAGCACAUGUCCCCCCGCCACCGCAGUAUUUCUCAGGACCGUUUAGUGGAGCUUGGGCUGGGGUUGGCACUGGGCCCCGGACCUACGUCUGUCCCCGCAACAUCUUCAGAGCAACGCCGCAGAGAAAGCCUCCUGCACCACCAGCAGGCAGCUGCUGCUUCCCAUGAUUCCUUUUGGCUAGGUGGCUGGGGUGGUGUGUCCGGAUCAGCCAGCAGGUCUUGUUCAGAGGGCCUUUUAGCAGCUUAUGCCGAAUACGAGCACAACUAUGGCCGUUCGGUGGAAACGCUAGCACAAGCGUCUGCACUGGUCUCACCACGCCACGAAAACACUUCAAAAAGCUCCCAAAUGAAAAAACUCAGCAAGCAGACAGACCAUAAAGCCGCAGAAGGCCAUCAGCACCAGACCACAGUGACACCCCCCGCCACAAUAGCCUCAACAGUGCCUCCCAGUGGUAGGCAGUCAGGUCAGCAGGUGGCAGAGCCCCAAACAAGACGAGUAAAGGAGGAAGAGCCGGUGGGCUACAAAAGCUACAGUCCAUCUUUCUCCCACAAAGCCGACCAUCUCCUCCAGCAGGCCCAGUCCUUCAGAGAGCCCAGCUACAGCGGCCCCCACCUUACCUGGAGCCCCAGCGACAGGUGCGGCCCUGCAGAAGGCAAGGGGCUGGUCGUACCCAGGCCCCAGUCCACGCCUGCCCUGUCUACAUCAGAGGAGGAGAGAGCCCUGCUGGGGGAGGACAGGGAGGUCAUCUCUCCCAUCUCCUUGAAUCAAGAGGUGGUCCUUAGGCAGAAGCCUCCUUCGGGCCGCCGGACCUCGGAUCAGCCCCUUCGACAUCCCCACUACUCAACACGUGCGGAGUCACCUGAUCCCCCUGCAUUGACACCUUCACCAGGGAUCCCUUCUCCUGUCUCUGUGGGACCCGGCCCCAACCGCAGGGCCAAUGGUAGCCUGGCGCAGCAUGCGUAUGACUCUCUGUCCUCUAUUCCCUUCAUAGAUGAACCCACCAGUCCUAGCACUGACCAACAGGCCUGCUAUGUACCAGCCCACUCUGUGGUGUCCGGUUCCCAGGCCUCCACUAUGGCCAUCCUCACUUCCACCUCUGUCUCCCCCACCCUCUUCUCCAUCUCCUCCUUUGUCCGACUUCAUUGUCAGGACUGCAGCAGCAUUAAAGGACGCCGCUCCUCUUACCUGCUGGCCAUCACCACGGAGAGAUCCAAGUCCUGCGAUGAAGGCCUCAACACCUUCAGGGAAGAAGGUCGAGUCUUCUCCAAACUACCAAAAAGGGUCAAGAGCUUUUUCACUGAUGGGUCUCUGGAGAGCCUGCGAGCUCAGGAGGAGGCCCGGUCCAAGCGCCACUCCACCUCGGAACUGGGAACCAUCACUUUCAGCGAUGUGCGCAAGGAGGGCUGGCUACACUACAAACAGAUCCUCACAGAGAAGGGAAAGAAAGUCGGCGGUGGCAUGAGGCCAUGGAAGCGCGUCUUCUCCGUGCUCCGUUCCAAUUUGCUCUUCCUCUACAAGGACAAGCGAGAGGCGGUCCUGCACGGGGCGGGGGCGGGGCCCAGCCAGGACGAGCACCCCCCGGUCGGCAUCCGCGGCUGCCUGAUCGACAUCGCCUACAGCGAAACCAAGCGCAAGCACACCCUGAGGCUCACCACGCAGGACUUCUGCGAGUACCUGCUGCAGGCCGAGGACAGGGACGACAUGCUGGCCUGGAUCAGGGUCAUCAGAGAGAACAGCAAGACCGACAACGAGGAGAUUGGUUUCUCAAGACAAGCUCUCAUCAACAAGAAGCUGAAUGAUUACAGAAAACACAGUCUGACAGGUAGCAAGCCCGAUUCCUCUCCCAGAGUUCACCGUAUGAUGCCCCCCUUCCUCCUGGCUAAGACUGACAACGCCUCAGUGAACCGCGCCUCCAGAGCUGAUGACUACAAGGCAUUGUGGGGCAUCAACCUCAUGAAGAAAGCCAAGAAGACAGGCAGUCCGAAGGCUUUUGGAGUGCGACUGGAGGACUGUCAGCCCGCCGUCAACCACAAAUUUGUCCCUCUGACAGUGGAGAUGUGCUGUGACAUGGUGGAGGCGACGGGUCUCGAGUACACCGGCAUCUACCGGGUGCCCGGGAACAACGCCAUGGUGUCCAACCUUCAGGAGCAUCUCAACAAGGGCAUGGACAUCAACACUGCUGAGGAGAGAUGGCAGGACCUGAAUGUAAUCAGCAGCCUGCUAAAAUCGUUCUUCCGAAAACUGCCUGAGCCUCUGUUCACUGACGACAAAUACAUUGAUUUCAUUGACGCCAACCGAAUAGAAGACGCAGAGGACAGACUAAAGACCAUGAAGAAACUGCUCCACGACCUACCAGAUCAUUACUACCACACGCUCAAGUUCCUGGUGGGCCACCUCAAGAAGGUGGCAGAUAACGCUGAGAAGAAUAAGAUGGAGCCGAGAAACUUGGCUCUGGUGUUUGGUCCCACUCUGGUGAGGACGUCAGAGGACAACAUGACCGACAUGGUCACUCACAUGCCUGACCGCUACAAAAUAGUGGAGACGCUUAUCCUGCAUUGUGACUGGUUCUUCAGUGAUGGAGCAAUCGAUAAAGAGGAGAAGGCCCCGGAGGAUAAGCGGGACAUGCAGCCUGUGCCCAACAUUGACCAUCUGCUGUCCAACAUCGGCAGGCCGGGCAUGCCAGGAGAGGCAUCUGAUUCCACUACCAGUGAUUCACUUAAGUCAAAGCAUUCUUUAAGCUCCAAGAAAGACCUGAACGCCAGGGACUUAAUGCCCAAGUCCAUCAUCACUGCUGUGACUCGAAAACGUAAAAAAUGCCUCAGUGUCCACUUGCCAAGCAGCAGUGCCGAUGAGGACUCCGAGCAUGAGCCAUUCAAAGCCAUUAACUAUAGGGGAGGUGAAGGAGGAGGAGGAGGGGAAGAAUUUAAAGGGGAGGAAGAGGUGGUCAAAGGAGAGCAUAUUCCCAAAAAAGAAAAAUGGGAUGAAAAGGGAAAUUGUUUGAAAAAUGCAAAAAAAACAGCGGAAAAAGAUUCAUUGGUAGAGGGAGAAGAGGCUGGAAAGGACGUGGAGAAGGAAAUGGCCAAUGGAACACCAAAUUCCAAACGUGAGAGCAUGCAGAGAAUGACCUUGCCGGGAACUCAACUGCAGCGUCGCCCUCACAGUUAUCUUUACUCACAUCCUCACAUCCAUAACCCACACCCAAUACCUUCACCUGUGAUCAGUCCUCCUUCCCACUUAAGAUCUGACAGUCUGGCAACAGGACGGCCGACAGUCCCUUUGUGGAUCUCCCCCACAAGGCUGCCCAGCCUCUACCAUGCUUCCAGCGUUCAGGGGAACCAGCAGGCAGACCGGAACCAGUCAGCACCGGUCCGCUACAGGAAGACCAGAGGAGGGCGGACAAGGGCGGUGUCCAUGAAUCUGGACCUUGAGCUGGGCAGGAAUGAUGACAGGUUUGGAGGAUGGAGAGCGGAGAGGGUAGAAGUGAUUAGAGUUAUUGAAGGAGCACCAGGUCAGCAUGGAUGCGUUGGGGUUCCUCAGGGAUCUAUUGUAGGCCCCAAGCCAGUUCAGCAAAUAGAUCCCCUCCCUCGUCUUACCCACAGGGCUCCCCCUCCCUCCUCCUCUUCCACAGGAUGGACAGAUCAAAGCUCCCUGGGAACUUCCACUGUAGUCCUGAGGAGAUCGGCACUGGACCCACGGGACAAGAUGAGAGCGCGUCGUCGCCAUACCGUGGUAGUUUAACCUGACUGGUUCAUCUACUAAUGCAAUUACCAAGUGUCGCUGUUACUUAAGCUCUCCGUCAUGUUAGUUGAAUAGUUGGAGAUGUAAUCCCACACUAUAGGAAUUCUAUGACACUGUGAGUAGCUUUUGAGAUUCAUUCCAAAAUGACAUCAGCACCAACAACAAGGAAAUUUUACCCUUUAAAUUCUUUUUAAAAUACUAAUUUUUAACCCUUUACUCACAGUAUUACUGUGUUGUCAUGGCCCCUUUAAAUUGUGCAAAGAACAUUAGGGUUAUUAUUAUUAGUUCAGAGUUGUUAGUAGAAAAUACCACAAUCCUGGUGAAAAUGGAUGUAGUCAAAGUAAGGAACUUGCAUUAACUGUACAUAGUGGCUUUAACAUUUUUUCUAAAAUACAUUUUUGGAAUGAUCUUCAAAUCUCAACUUAAAUUGAUGAAUGAUAAUAAUAAAUGCAGAAUUAAAAUUAACAUAAACAAAGUUUUAACUCCAGGGUUCCAGCAAACCUACACCAGCAAACAACUGAACAAAGUCAUGCCAUGUUUUAAUUCAUUUUUCAUCCCCCACUAAUGACUAAUGGCUUUGAUGAAAUCCAAACAGGGAAACAGCACAGUGCACUAAUGUAGUUUCAGUUUACUUCUCUGCCUUUUACAAGCUCUUCGAAAUCCUCCCUUGGACCUACAGUGAACUUCAGUGAAAACAAUCUCGCUCUCUGGACGAUGCGACUUGGGCAUUAUGCCAAAGCUUCCAUGGACUAAAACAAUGCAUGCAUGGGGUCAGUGACUUAAAAAAAUAUGCAAAGCCUAAGUGUUCAACACAAGCCUGUUGUUCUUCCCUCUGUGAGUGAGCGCACGCGUGUUCGAAGAGACAAGUCAGAGUUUUGAGGAUACUGAUGCCUGUUUUGUCAGAGUAAGUGUUUGAGGCAGCUAUGUGAAGUUAUGCCAAAAUUAUUUUCUUUUCUGUUUGGGUAAUUGUACAGUGUGAGCGGCAUGAAGUCGUAGUGAGCAACGAGAAAAUCUCCAGUGUUACCCCAGGUCAUCCAAUAUAUCAGUGUUAUAAAGAUAGCAUUGUCAUGGAAGCAGAUAGACGUGAACAAAUAACCUCCUUAAAUCCCAAACCACAGAGUCUUACCUGGGUGAUAUUUUUGCAUUUUUCCUUUUCAUAUUUUCGGUGUUUUGCUCCAUUUCAAGAACGUCAGAGUCUGAAAAAACAGACGUGUACUUUACUGUACGUGGGUGACUGUGCGUGGACCAAUUUUGUAACAGUUGUACAAAGCCUUGUUAACUUAACCUGUGUAUAUAAAUAUUAUACAUAAUAUAUUAAAUUAUUUGUUUUGGAAA